AGAAGGUCUUAGGGUGUUUUGGAAAACAAAGCUUUCGCGAGAGAACAACAUCUGCUGCACCAUGUGGGAUAGAUAGGCUGGACGGAAUGCCUUUACAUAUCACGCCACUUGCUUGACCAUCCAACAGCACCGAGCUCUACUGAACAUCCAUUGACCAUUGAUACUCAAUCACGACGCGUCGCAUCCCUAAUUCACAUUACAUCGCUAAACAUGAUAACUGAAGCCCUGGUGGUGUCCAGCCCUGGAGCACCUUUCAAAUACCAAAAGGUCGAGCUCAACGAUGAUCUCCGACCGGAUGAAGUCGCCGUGCGCAUCAAAGCCACUGGUGUCUGUCACACCGACCUAAAUUUCUCCAAGGAGAAGACCAUGCCAGAACUAUUUCCUGCUGUACUAGGACAUGAGGGCGCCGGGAUUGUGGAGCGCGUUGGGUCAGAGGUCACCAAGGUCGCUCCCGGCGACCAUGUUAUUGUCUGCUAUACGAGUUGCGGCAAGUGUCAGUACUGCCAGCGCAAGGAGACCUCUUAUUGCGAUUUGUGGUUCCAAUACAACUUCGGCAUAGGCCGCCUAGACGGGUCGAAGACCUUUUCAUCCACGGCGGACGGGAAACGAAUCACUUCUCACUUUUUUGGACAAAGCAGUUUCGCGAAAAAUAUUCUCGUGUCAGAGAACGGCUUGGUCAAGGUCGACAAGCAUAUCCCCUUCGAGAAAUUGGCACCUCUGGGGUGUGGAGUGAUGACGGGUGCUGGAGCGAUGCUAAACGUCAUAAACCCAACAUCUGAGAUGACAGUCGUUGUUGUGGGAGUCGGGACGGUUGGACUAGCGGCUAUCAUGGCUUUGAAGCUGCUCGAACGACCUCCGAAAAAGGUGAUUGCUGUGGACAUAGUCGGCAGUCGUCUUGAGAUGGCCCGGGCAUAUGGGGCAACUCACGGAGUCAAUUCGAAAAUUCGGCCAGACCUCAUGAAGGUCUUGAUGGACAUCACUAACGGGCACGGGGUUGAUGGUUCAAUCGACACCACAGGUCGGCCCGCGGUGCUCAAAGAACUCAUCCACAGCGCUGCAAGAAAGGGGAAAGUCGUGUCGGUGGGCGUAGGAGACCUUUCGGCGGAAGCGUCGUACAACAUUUUCGAGAUGGUUAAUUCAGGGUGCAGCUACCACGGAUGCUGUGAGGGAGACUGCUAUCCUCAAGAGUUUCUACCCGAGUUGUUGACGGCACACCAGCUCGACAAGUUUCCUUAUGAUCAAAUGAUCAAGACUUACCCAGCGAAGGACAUUGCACAGGCCGCGGAUGACAUCCAUAGCGGCAAGACUGUCAAGGCAGUCUUAUUGUGGGAUUGACACCGCUGUGGACAUCGCGAAACGCCCUUGACGCUACCUAAGUACUUGCUCAGUCGUGCUCAGUAUAGCAAUCCUAGUCAGACGGCCGAGAUUUUCUGUGUAUAGGCGACAUAUUAUAG